AUGCAUUACAGGGACACCACGGGUGCACGGCAUGCCCCAAGCUGCCUCCGUUACCCCUCAGCGUACCGCUUCCCACAGGCAUGUGAUGCUGCAGUGGGACAGGAUGGAACCACCCCCACACCGGCACCCCUGGCUUCCUGCAUACCGGGGCCGGACGUGCGGCAUGCAGCAGCACGGGGCCACAUCCCGACACCGAGCAGCACCCGACGCAAUGGGCAGGAGGUGAGGAUGGAGGUGCUGUGCCUGCUGCUGGCUGCUCUCUGCGCUGCUGCCAUGCCCAAACCAGCUCCAGUGGAGGCAACGGGAGUUCCCACCGCUGUGCCGAGCAACACUUCGGCAGAGCCAGGUCCCUGGGGCACAGCCAUGCUGCGCCUGGCUGGUGGCAGCCACCCCUGUGAGGGCACAGUGCAGGUGCAGCACCGUGGCCACUGGAUGCCUGUGUGUCGGGAGUCCUGGAGUGCUGCUGCCUCUCGGGAGCUGUGCCACCACCUGCACUGCGGGGAUGCUGAGGGUGAUGCGGUGAUGGCAAGCCUGGACAGUGACAGAGAUUUCUCCAAGGGAUGCCCAACUGCGGUGGCCAACUGCAGUGGGUGGGAGCCACAGCUCUGCCAGCUGCAGCUGGCCACUGAGCCCAGCUGCUGUGCAGCAGGGCCGGCAAACGUCACCUGCACAGGUGCCCCGGUGCUGCGUCUGGCUGGUGGGCACAGCCGCUGCGAGGGCCGGGUGGAGCUGCGGCAGGCAGGCAGCUGGGGCACGGUGUGUGACGACGGCUGGGACAUGGCUGACGCCGCCGUGGUGUGCCGGCAGCUGGGCUGCGGCUGGGCGCUGCGUGCGCCGCGAGAGGCCGCCUUCGGCUGGGGGCACGGCCCCGUGCUGCUGGACGAGGUGAACUGCAGCGGGCACGAGGAGCAGCUGGGGGAAUGCCCUGCUGCCCUGCAGCACGACUGCAGCCACAAAGAGGACGCCAGCGUGGUGUGCUCGGAGCACCACGAGUGGCGGCUGUCCGGAGGUAAGGACGGCUGUGCGGGUCGCGUGGAGGUGCAUUACCGUGGGACAUGGAGCACUGUGUGCGACAGCACCUGGUACAUGCUGGAGGCUGCAGUUCUGUGCCACACGCUGGGCUGCGGGGAGCCACUGCUGCGUCCUUCCUUCCACCACACACUGCCCACCAAGAUGCUUUAUGAGUGCCCGGACUGGCAGCCCUCACUGGCGUACUGCCGCUGGACCUACAACAAGUCAGCUCCCUGCCACGAGUCCCGUGCUGCCGGUGUCGUCUGCAACGGCUCCCUGGGCUUGCAGACCCCAACGCUGGAGGUGACCGUGAUGCCAAGUGGUGGUACAUCCCCAAGCACCACAAAGGGCUUGGGUGCAGCUGGGGGCCUGUCCCUUCUGCACAUGCCUCUCUUCAUCUCAUGUGUGGUGCUGGCAGUGCUGCUCCUGCUUACACUGGUGGUCUUCUCCACUGCCUUGCUGUACUUGAGGAAGAGGAGCGCCCUCACUCUGGGGACUCCAGUGCCACUCCUGGUGACCCACAGCAGCCAGGGUCACGACAUGCCCUUGGAAACUUGCAACAACUACAGGGAGGCACCCGCAGACCUCCCCAAGGGGCCAGACUCCACACCAGCAACCCUUCCCACCACCAAGGGCUCUGACUCCUCUGACUCUGACUAUGAACGCUAUGAUUUCAGCAGCAAGCCACCCGUGGCCCUCUCCACCUUCCACAACUCACAGCGCCGACAGCCAGGUGAGCAGCUGCUGACGCCCACCCAGGACGGGAUGGAGCCAUUUCCCACAGAGGUGCCAACCGUGCAGUGUGCCCACCCAUGGGGCAGGGUGGGGAGCUCAUCCUCAUCCUCUUCCUCCUCUUCCUCCUCCCUGGAGCCCUACUGUGGUGAGAGCGCAGCCUCCACAGGUGCCUGGCACUGCCCGCAGCCCCCAUCACGCAGCACCCACUCGCACACAGCACCCACCACACCGCCAGAUGUGCCCUGUGUGCCCAUCCCUGUGCUCAACAUGCCGUGGGUACCCCCACCUCCAACAGACCCCAACUAUGCUGACAGCUCCAGCACCUCCUCGGGGGAGUGGUAUGAGAACGUGCAGGGUGCCGAGACAUGUGGGGACCCACCCCUAGAGGAACACACACAGGACCCCAGCUUCUCUGAGGGGAGUGACUAUGAUGACAUCCAGGGCUCUGGCUGCUGAGAGUGGGAACAGGCAGCGGGGAGGGGACUCUUAUCCAUAACACAGCCGUGGACCAUUAAAAGCU